GGAGGAGGGUCAAAGGAUAAAGAAUGUGAUUGGUUGCCGGGACUGGUGGGUGGAGCUUAGAUCAUUGCUUAACUGUUAUGUUGGCAUUCCCACUCCAGGUGGUAGGAAGGCAGGACGUGUCAUAAUCAUGUAGGAAGUGCUCUCGAAGGAGAGAGAGACCACGCACAUCGCCCACCGCAGAGGAGGUCAUGGGGAGUGGAAGCAGCAAAGACCACAAGGACCUAUAUCUUCUGGAAACCCUCCAAGAACACAAGGAUGCCAUCAACGUCAUGACGCUGUCGGAAGACGGCUCCCUGCUCGUCACGGGGUCGGAGGACUUCACGGCUCGCAUGUGGAGUACCAAGACGGAGAACACCGAGAGUCUUGGAGCCCUCGAAGGUCACGAAGGCUACAUCACCUGCGUCACCAUAUCGGACACUUACAUCUUGACAGGUUCGUCCGACUCCACCAUCAGGAAAUGGGACAUGACAACGUGCGAGUGCCUCUUCAUUUAUCAGGGUCACACCUCCAAGGUGAAUAGGGUGAUCUGCACCGGGGAAUUCAUAUUCAGUACGUCCUCGGACAAGACGGCGAAAGCAUGGCUCUUCGAUGCCUACGAUCUGGACGACGACGCUCUCAUGAGAGUCUGUCUCAGGACUUUCAAGGAACAUCUGAAGCCAGUUUUCCCCAUCAUCUUCAUCCCGGCAGAGAACACAGACGGCUUAGACGAGGACGGGAUGAACAUCAACCCCGGGGACAUCAUCAUCACGGGGAGCAACGACACGCAGGCGCGGUCGUGGUCUUUCGACACAGGUGGUUGCCUCAGGGUCUUCAAAGGCCACAGAGGGCCGAUCAUAUGCAUGGCAACCGACCCUGCUGGAAAGAUGCUCUACACUGGAAGCAGUGAUCACACCAUCAGGUGCUGGAACAUUCAGACGGGGGAAUGCAGGAAAGUCCUGGAAGGCCACAACGGGCAUAUUUUGGCCCUCUCCGUCGUCAACAAGUUGAUGUACUCGGCCUCGAGCGACUCACACGCCAAGUGUUGGGUCAGGGAAUUCGGGGACUGUACCCGAGACUACAAGGGACACUACCAUUCCGUCACCUGCCUCAAGUUCCACGAGGGCAUACUUUACACAGGAUGUGGCGACGCCAUAGCUCGGGGAUUCGACGCCAAGAGCGGCGCCAUCAAGAGGGAGUUCAAAGGACCCGACAAAGGCAUCAACGCCAUCGCCGUCUGCGACAACAAACUCUACACGGCAGACGCUGAGGGUGUCCUUCGGGUUUGGGACAUCAAAGGACUCGGCGACGAGCUACACGCCGCUCAGGGGGGCGCGGCCGUCGGCGCGGAUGGACCAGCUAUCGACGAAAACUCAGACCGGCAGCUGGACGCCCUGGAUCAUCGCCUGGACAACUAUAUGGGGAAGUCCCCAGACCCUGAGAACAAGUCGAACAUCCCCGGGGAAGUGAGACCAGAGUCCCCCGAGCUCGACGACGACUUGGCAAUGCUGGAGGAACAGCUCAACGCUUAGGAGAUGGCCGCGACGGGGCGACUGACGAGGUUCGAGUGAUUUCAGGGUUGGCUUUACAAGGCUUCAGGAAAUGUUUUCAAUGCUUAAGAAGGAGGAGGGUGAGCGAAAAGAUGGGAGGAAAUAUAGUAGGCUUCUAUCUACUGAGAGGAACGUAGAGCCAAGCCUGUCCAAUCGGUCGUUAGGAAAUGAUUGUUUAAUCCAAGGUUUUCACAAUCAACACUAAUGUGAGAUCAUCAAAUCCUUUGUUUUUAAUUGAUCUUGUUUGUCAAGACGAUAAGGCGGAGAACGCUGUAUCAAUAAAGGAAAGAGAGGAGAAUUGGCAGGUGAAUUUGCCCCUUUCAGGAGGGCCAACUGAGGGAUAUCCUCCAAAUUAAAAAGGAAACACCUUGAAGAUAUUAGGUGAACAUGUCCCAUUCCGAUGGGCCAAAUCAGGGUGCAGGGGAUGUCCUCCAAAUGAACGAAAAUGGGCCCCUUGUGAUGAGCCAAACGAGGGGUCAUCAGGAGAACCCCCCAACACGAAAACAAUUAGGUGACAUCAAAUGUGGAGAAAGGGCAAAGGGCAGAGAGAAUG